GGGACCUGACGCGGAUAUCCGUCAGAGAGUGGAACUUGUGAACUGGUGUCCUUAGAACAGUGGUGUGGACGACGUCUCAACACCGCGCGGUCCAGCUGCCAACCAGCGGGAACAGCAGCAGGUCAACAGCUGGCUGUCGUCGUUCGCCGAGCAGCCGCCAUGGACUCGUGGCUCCGCUUCUCCGCGCAGAGCCAGGCCAAGGAGCGACUCGUCAGGGCUGCUCAGUACGCCUGCACCCUGCUUGGCUACACCCUGCAGAAGGGCGGGGCAGCAGCUGAACUCCGCAGGACUGUCAGUCAGCUUGAAGCACAUAUGAGCCUGACGAGAAAGUUGCUGCGUCUUGGAAACUCUGUGGAGGCGCUGGAGGCUGCCAAGAGGGCCAUCCACCUCUCUGACAGUGUGCUGAGGCUAUGCCUGACAGUCAGCCACCUCAACAGAGCAAUGUACUUCGCCUGUGACAAUGUCCUGUGGGCUGGAAAGACGGGCCUCAUCUCCAAACUGGACCAGCAGAAAUGGAGUCAGAGGUCUUUCAGGUAUUACCUCUUCGCUCUGAUCCUCAACCUGACUCGAGACGUGUACGAGCUCCGGCUCCUCAUGGAGUGUGAAGCGCGUUACAGAGCCACCAAAGCCCCACCCUCACCAUACCCCAGCACCACCCUGCCCAAUAACUCCCCCACCGCGGCAUUGCCGGUCAUGUCUGUGCGGCUUCGCAAACAGCUACACUUGUUCGUGACGGUGCUGUUCAGCAACCCGCCUCUGCUCCUGGACCUGCUGAAGAACAGCUGUGAUAUAUUCAUCCCUCUGGACCGGCUGGGGAUCUACCCCACUGGGACAGGCUUUGUCGGGGCCUGUGGCCUGGCCUCCUCUGUCCUAUCUAUCCUCACCAUGGUCCAUCCCUGGCUCAAACUCAAGCCAUGAACAAUGAUACACAGUGAAGAUAGGAGCCACAGGGAAGACUCAGACCAUGCAGCAAACACACUGAUCAUCCUGUUAAGUGAGGAUCUUUCUGAAAUGGUCUCAAGGCGUCCAGAUCCUUCAGACAAGCUCAAAAUAAGGGACACUCACAUUUCUUUCACUCUGUGUCACACACUGCUCAACACCUCCCAGCCGCACUGUGCAGCCCGUCUGAAACGACCAGUGGCAGCAGAGCUCACGGUUGUCUUGUCCUCACGUUAAGUUAGCCCCAAUCCUCAACCAUCACUGUUCAUUCCGUCUGUCAGUAGCAUGUAGCUCACGUCUGUACCUCUGCUCUUUGACAGGCUCACAUUGGUUAAGUCCCACACUGAUGUUUGACAACCAAUAUGAAUAACAGCCAUUACAUUGGAUUGUAAAAUAAGACCCUAACUGACAUCACUGUUUAUUCUCAGUCAGUUUGUAUUCAACAAUCUUCAUGUCCUCCAUUGUUUGAGCCCUCAGAUUACUCGGCGUGUUCCCUAGCAAACCUUAUGCUAACAACUUAUGUCCAAAUAAUUGCAUGUAAAGUGGGAUUACUACACCCUGCAAGGUGUCGCUCAGAGACCGUAUGUGGUAUUUCUAAAUCUUGAUGCCUAAAAAGGCAGAGACAUACUAAAGAACAGCCUACCAUAACCUUACAUCAGCAUCGUCUGCCAUGUAAACCCAAGUGUUGCAUGUUGAAACUCACAUAUUAGAAGUCCUGCUGUAAAGUCAGUGUUGAGAAUAAAGCCUGCAGUUCCACUGUCAGACGUCGCCUCAUCACAGCUCACAUCAGUUAUUGUGUUUGAGGUACAGACUUUUGAUGACUAUUAUUCAGAAUUAGAGCGUUUAUGCAGAUUUUUUAACCAACUGACAUUUCACACUCACUGCCUGUGCUUUUGGUACCGUUCUGCUCUAAUGCUUUUUUUAUCAGUAAAUAAAAAUAAUCCAGAAACAAAAUGUAUUUUCUCAACCUUCAAAUACAGAUGUUCACUGAGGUUAUGUAUCCGGCCCUGUCAGUUUGUUUGUCGGCAGCAUAAAGAAAAAACUACUGUAAAAAAAAAUUUCCUACACAUUUUCAAAUAAUUUGUUUUAGUUAGUUAGUUUUCUUUUCUUUAUUUUUUUAGCGGGCAUAUUCAGGAGACUGAGGACUAUGAUUACGUGAGAUUUGGUGUGUGCGCUCUGAAUGCCAUACUAGUAAUUAAUGUAUUAAUUGGAAAAGACUGUGUGCUAUUUGCAGUUGUAAAAAUUAACCCCUCAUAAAAAAAAUCAUAUUUGUAUAUAUUUUUUAUGUGUCACAGACAACCCUAUUCUAUGUAAUACAUUGCAAUUUUGUCCGCUAACAAGCAUCAGCUACUGUUAUUUUUCCACCUGUGAGCCUUCAUUGAUGUUGGUCACUCACUGUUACCUGCCGUGUGUGUGUGCGUGCGUGCUCCAUUUCCAGCGCCCACUCAGUAUCUGUACUCAUUUUGGCACAAAAAACAAAACUCAAGCUAAAUUAAAAAAAAAAAGUUUAAUCUUAAACAUUACAAACUGGAAGUAAAUACCAAAUAAAGGGAAAGUAAAAACAGAACAAUAAAAAGUGAGGCCAGCCUUUCUCUGAGCUCAUCAGGAGACCAGUGGCUGUCAGGUCCAACACUUCCUGCUGCGUCUUCCCAGGAGAACUUACUCACUGUGGGAAGAGAGCAGUGGGACAAGUGAAUAAACUGAGCCAUGAUGGUCAGCUGACACCAUCACUACCACUGUGUUGUUCUGGAAAACGUUAACAAGUCAUGAUCAUGAUGAAUAAAAACACGUUUUGUGUCGUGGUGAUGCUCUAA